UCACCCUAACCUCACUUUUAGCUUUGUGUGUUUAUUUUGUGAUUUGUUGUGGAGUGUCUGUGUUUUCUGCGGUUGUUUUUCGCGUGUAAUUAUGUCGGGUAUUUCCUAUCUCCUGGGCCUUGUUGGCCAGGAAGUGCAGGAAGUUAAUCCCGAUGAUCCUGAAAGUAGCAAUAUUUUUACCUAUGAGAAGAAAUGCUACAAAAUUGUGAUAGAUUUGAGCCAUGGAGGCAAAACUGAAUACAGCAUCAAGACAUUUUUGUCAGACAUAAAGAAAGUCCCACAGUAUUCCCUGAGGACAGUCGAAAGCUCCCCUAUUGGAGCCCCAAGUAAUCUCGGAGUAUAUUUUACUCCUUUAACCGAAAAUAGUGGGAGCAUUGCCUCAAAGAUUCGGCUUUUCAAUCAAUUCUUCAGGGCGAAAGAUCAGCAAAUGCAGGAGGAUUUGCUUGUAAAGUCUUCCGAUUCGGUGUCAUUCUCAACGCUCUAUGAGAAAUUGAGAGAAGCCCACAGUGGGGAGAUUAUCCACACUGGGGGUCUGGAAGAUGUCCAGCAUGAGGGUUUACGACCACAACUUCGUCCCUAUCAGAAGGAUGCCGUUCGAUGGCUGCUCCAUCGUGAAUUGUACACCGAAUACCUCCCAACGGAUUUCAUUGAGAUCACAGCGAAUAAUUUGCGCGAUGAGCGUUUUUUCUACAAUCCCCGGACAAUGGAAAUUGUUGCAAAUGUUCCGGAAGACAUAACCAUUCCAUCCGGGGGAAUUCUAGCCGAUGAAAUGGGCUUGGGGAAGACUGUGGAGAUGCUGGCGCUUAUCCUGAACAAUCCCCGAGGGGAUGUGGAGAAACCCGAAGUAGUGGAUGACGAUGAUCUCCCAUUGGCCAGUGUUGCACUUCAUAGGCAUGUUCAGUGCCUCUGUGGGGGGCGCUAUGGGAAGAAAAAACAAAAGUUAAUAAAGUGUUUGAGGUGUACAAAGAGUCAGCAUCGUGGGUGUGUGAUUAGACGAGAAGAGGAUACACCUGGGAGGUACAUUUGCCCGGAAUGUUGGAAGAAUGAACCACCGGUGGAGUCAAAAGCAACAUUUAUCGUCUCUCCGGCAUCAAUUAAGAAGCAAUGGGAGUCAGAGAUUGUUCGUCAUGUACGGAGUCCCAAUUUCCGGGUACUCGUGUACGAUGGCGUGUGCAAUUCGGGGUGGAUAGACCCAACAGCUAUGGCGGAAUAUGAUGUUGUUAUCACGGAUUACAACGUGAUGCGGAGUGAGAUUUACUUUACAAGUGAGAACAGUCGAAGUGGAAGUUUGAGGCAUGAGAAGAAGCACAUGAAUCUCACUUCACCCCUCCCCUGCAUCCAAUGGUGGCGUGUUUGUUUGGAUGAAGCUCAACUUGUGGAGACAACAACUGCACAGUGCGCUAAAAUGGUCAAAACACUCCCCACCAUCCACAGAUGGGCUGUCACGGGUACACCCAUUGAGAAGCACAUAAACAACCUCCAUGGGUUAGUCUUCUUCCUCGAUGUCUACCCAUACACGAAUACCCACGAAUGGGGAAAACUCGUCAUCCCCUUUGCUUCCGGAAACUGCGAACCACUCAUUGGGCUACUACGGAAGAUUAUGUGGCGCACAUGCAAAUCUCUUGUUUUCCAACAAAUCGGCAUUCCACCGCAAAAGGAAGUUGUCCACUAUGUCACAAUGUCCGAUCUGCAGACAUUCUUCUACCGCAGUCAGCAUUCCCUCUGCCGCAAUGCCUUCAUUGAGAAGGCACAGAAGAUUCGAACCACGCUGGCCAUGUCAAAGAUGAGCCCACACAUUCUCAAGCUCCUUCUGGAACCACUGCGGAAGCUUCGGCUUGACUGCACCGUCCCGAGUGUUGUGCGAGCCCACAGAUCGGAUCAGGCUGUUGUGAAGAAAACUCUCGCACCCAAUGAACUUCAUGCUCAUCUUGUGGGAAAUAAUGAGAUUGAAGCAAAGGCCCAACUGCGGACAAUUGUAUCGUCUUUCAAUGCUCUAGCUGGGAUUGCAAUGAUCAAGGAUGACCCAAGUGAGGCGGAGAAGAUGUACAAAGCCGUCCUGAGGAGAGCUAAAGACUACACUGGGGCUAUAUCUGUAGAUUCUCUCCUACAAAUUCAUGCUUUGCACAAUCUCAUUGAGAUUAUUGACUUCAAGAAGGUAGAAGUUGAUAAAACGGAUGGAAAUACAAAUGAGAACGUAAAGGAAGAGGAAACAAGGGAAGCUUAUGAGGAAGAACUAAAACGCCUAGAGGGGAAAUACAUAAACUCCUAUCACACAAAGAUGAAGCAAGUGGAGAAGCAACUGCGUGAUGCAACGGAUAGUUUAGAAAGAAUAGAAGCUGCGAUGACAUCGACUGAUGGCAAUUGGUGGAGGGAAAUCUUCAGUACAAUCCGCGGAACAAAUCGUGAAGAUGCCCUCCUUGAUAAAAUCUACCUGGACAUUCACACGCAAUACGGAUCAAUGGAAGCUGAAGACUUGAGAAGUACGCAUGGGGUUGAUUUGAAAUUAACAAUUUGGCUCGAUAAAGUAUUUGAGCAUCGCUACGAAGUGAAGAAAGCCUUCAAGAAGUUGGCCUUCUUCACGGAAAACGUUGAUCCUGCCAAGCAUGUCGAUGCCGCCAUUCGGGAGAAGAUUGAGGGGCUAAUCUACGAAGCAUUUGAAUGUCAUUUGGAUGUGGAACAGAAUCAAGAAGAACCCGAAGCCCCAAAGCCCAAGAAGAAGCGCACAGUUCUCUGUCAAUUGUGUCGCGUUAAGCAGAAAAUUCGAAACUUUGAAUGUGUUAUCUUUGAUAAGAAAUAUCUGGAGAAUAUUAAUUCUCUCCGGGGGAGUUGGAAUCCAUCCAUGGAGGAAGUUAUUGCUAAAACAAUCCUUGCUCAUUCAAAGAAGGAUCACACACCGCGGGAAAUUGUCGAAGAGGCCGAGCAGCAUUUGGAGUACAUUGAAGUCAUUAAGAAGGAGUACAAGGAGUACAGUCAAUUGUGGUCUGAGAUUGACUACACUGUGUCAGCUUUUGAUGAGUUGAAAAUGUGUAAAUCCCGCUUGGAGGCCAUCCGUCCGGAGGAUCUCGAGAAGGGGGAGAAGAAGAGUAAAACACAGAUCUUUACGUAUGAGAUUGCAGAUGCCGAAGAGGAAUUUAGGCAGCAACUGCAAAUGGCUGAAAAGGAAUUUAUCCGUGUGUGGGGUGUUCUGAAGUACCUGAAGCAUCUGGAGAAGAAUACCGGUCCGGAAGUUUGUCCAAUUUGCACACAGAAACCCGAAGAAAAGUACUUUGUCCUGGAGUGUGGGCAUCAUCUCUGCAUGAUCUGUAUGGUGCAAUUGCGAAAGUAUCAAAAGCACAACCUCACGUGCUCUGUCUGCAGGCAUCGUCAAAAGUAUAAAGAUGUCUACCACGUAACACUCAAUCCAUCCCAGAUGAAUCAGGAAGUAAUUGUUCAGGGGGAGCAUUCAAAUAAAAUCUUUGAGAUGGUCAAACUCAUUCUCAGUCUACGGAGGGAGGAGCGUGAUGUGAAAAUUCUCGUUUUCUAUCACUGGGACACAGUUCUGCCGGUGAUUGCGGGGGCACUGGAGGAGAAUUCUGUGAAAUUCGUCUCAGCUAUUGGGCGGAAAUUCCACAAGACUGUGGAGGAAUUCAAAUCACCCACCAAUGGGAUUACCUGCAUCCUCCUACCGCUUUCAUUUGGCAGCAAAGGUCUCAAUCUCGUGGAGGCAACGCACGUUAUCCUCCUGGAGCCAAUAUUGAAUCCCGGAGAGGAGCUUCAGGCAAUUGGGCGGGUACACCGUAUUGGGCAGACGAGACCAACAUUUGUUCACAGAUUUAUUGUUCUCGGAACCAUUGAGGAGACCAUUUACAGGACAAUUUCAAAUGAUAAAACAGGCAAAUGGGAGACCAAAGACAUCACAACGGAUAAACUCAUGGAGCUAUUUGAAUUACCCUCCGGGGAGGAAGUUAUGGACUGGGAUACUUACAUUUAAGUUUUUUUUUUAAUUUCUUCAGAUGAUCUCUUCCUUAAUUUAAAUAUUUUUUUAUACAAAUGAUAGAACCUCCGGAAAGAUUAGAGGAAUAAUUAAUUAUUUUAUGCUUAAAGUAUUCAAUGUAGAUGAAUUUAUACAUUAAUAAAUUGUAUGCUCAAUGAGAAA